AUGGACAGAAACCUGAACGAGCUCCUCAAAUGGAGUAUCGAGAACCAAGAGACCGGCGGCCAAAACGGUGAAACCGGUCAAAACGAGCAGGCCGCCCGGGCCCCCGCCAGCAACCUGAACCCCGAGGCUAUCGCGGCCCUCUUCGGCGGUGGCCCUAGCGACGCUGACCUCAUGAAGGCCUCCAUGGAAGCCAUCACUUCGACCGACCCAGAGAUGACUCUCGACAACAAGCUUGUCGCCUUUGACAACUUCGAGCAGCUCAUCGAGAACCUAGACAAUGCCAACAACAUGGCCAACCUCGCUCUGUGGUCCCCUCUUCUCAGCUGCCUCACCCACGACGAGCACGACAUGCGCCGCAUGGCCGCCUGGUGCAUUGGCACCGCCGUUCAGAACAACGAGCCCAGUCAGGAGCGCCUGCUCGCCAUGGGCGAUGCUGGUAUCCCCACCCUUGUGUCGAUAGCUACUAAGGACGGCGAGAAGGAGGCCGUGAGGAGGAAGGCACUCUACGCCCUCAGCUCCGCUGUGAGGAAUUACCAGCCCGCCAUGGACCUUUUCACGGACGAGCUGGCCAAGAAGGGCCUUCACUCUUCUGGCAAGGUUGAAGCCGUUAACAUGGAUGAGAUUGACAAGGUCAUGGACGGGCUUAGAGCCAAGAUUACGGCAUAG